UACAAAGGUAUCACCUCGAAUUGCUUUCUACUUGGAUUCCUGUUGCAGAUGACUAUGAACGUUCCCCCAAGAUCUAGUUCUAAGCUCGUAAAACGAAGACCAGUAGGCUCAGCUUCUCAGUCGCCCGAGCGGACUACACCUGUUUUCACAGCCAACCCCGCAGGUGGCUUCGACGAGGGCCCUCCUCCUGUCCCUCUUUUACCGUCCGAAACCCUAGACGACGCUACUUCAACAAUGCCCCCAUUAACCGAUGGAGAGAAGAAAGAGAAGGAGAAGAAGUCUCGCUUCCGCCUAUCCAACCCAUUCCACUCCAAAGACAAAGAUCGCAAGGAUCCGCCUGAGGCUCGAUUUUCCGACUCGGCGUAUGCCAGCAGCGAGAACCCCAAUUCCUUCUCAGAAGUCGACACGAAUGGAGCUCCCAGCUUCUCCAGCACUGAGCGCCGUAACUCGGCCCAUCGUCCUGUUAGUGGGGAGACAAGAGGAUCAUCUCGAGAGCAUCUGAAACCACCUCCAAGCACCACUCCUAUUCCUCCUCAGGCUCCACCAAAGACGACCAUUACUGCUCCUACACCCCCUACGACUACGCCUGCAUAUAAUCCUCCAACACAACCCCCUCCUAGUGCUGCUAGGAGCGCUUCUCCCGGCGUGCCCCAUAGCCAAGAGACAAUUGCUAAGGAAACACACCAAGACCCGCAAACCGGCUAUACAGUCACGACGACUACGACCACAACGACCACGACGACUACAACAACCGGUCAGGCCCGGAGGUAGCACCACCGUCCAAGUCCCAAACGAGGAAAUCGAAGCCAACAACUCUAACCCAAGCGUCACAAACACCACCGGUCCAAACCCGCCCGCCCCUACUG